UCGACAAUGGAGGUGGCCUUCAUCGGUGUUUCUCUCGAAGGGAUAUCUCUCUUGAUUGGCUGCCAUGCUGUCUCUCAGUGACUGAAGGCACUAAAAGGUGAUGCCACACGAUACUAGUCUUUCUGGAUACUGCCCUGCUUGUCAUUUCAUACAGGUCUUCCAGGAUUAGUGUGGUUGUCUAUGCUAAUCAAGACACCAAUGGAGGUGGCCUUCAUCGGUGUUUCUCUCGAAGGGAUAUCUCUCUUGCUUGGCUGCCAUGCUGUCUCUCAGUGACUGAAGGCAUCAAAAGGUCUUCCAGGAUCAGUGUGGUUGUCUAUGCUAAUCAAGUCACCAAUAGAGGUGGCCUUCAUCGGUGUUUCUCUCGAAGGGAUAUCUCUCUUGCUUCGCUGCCAUGCUGUCUCUCAGUGACUGAAGGCACCAAAAGGCCUGCCAGGAUCAGUGUGGUUGUCUAUGGUAAUCAAGUCAACAAUGGAGGUGGCCUUCAUUGCUGAUGCGAGAUGUCACUAGUCUUUCAGGUCUGCCUGGAUCAACGUGGCCCUCUCUGGAAAUCAAAGCAACCAUGAAGGUGGUCUCCAGUGCUGUUUCUCUCGAAGGGAUAUCACUUUCGCUUGACUACACUUGCUGUCUUUCAGUGGCUGCAGCCAGGAACGGAAGGCACUUGACGCCCGCUGCACUGGUGCGUGUGGUUGCUCAUCGCGUGGAGCUCUGGUCGUCUGCACCUGCAUACUUGCACCAGAUAGAAGGGUGCUGGAACGACAGAUGUGGCGUAAGCGUCCCAGGACAUCCGCUGAAGAUCUAUGGAACAUCUAUGGAACAUCUAUGGAACAUCUAUGGAACAUCUAUGGAACAUCUAUGGAACAUCUAUGGAACAUCUACGGAACAUCUACGGAAUACCACGAUCCAGGUGUCUUCAGUGUUUCAAGCAAAGGACGUGAUGUACUGAGUUGUGCAGUUUUCAUAUUUAUAGAUUCUAUUGUAUUUCUUCCCAUAAAGGGAAGUAUGCAACACACGUGAACACCUCUAGGAUUUUGAUACACGACUGUUCACGGGAGGUCUUGUAUCGCGACGUAACGCCACGAAUUAUCUACUAUUCGACGGUGGGGGACAAUGAAUGCGGGACUCGCUUACAAUGCCGUCAUCCUCCUCGUGUCUCUCUCUCUUUGAAUGUGGUCCACUCCGUCGCUUUGUCCUUUGUACCGGUCUGCGAGUUCGUUGUCGGUGGCGGUUUUGUCAGUUCGUUAUGGUUGCUCUCUUGGACGUCGCAUUUGUUGUUUGUUUCUUCUAUGGUUUCUUCUCGCUCGUGGUACUUUGCAAGGUGUACAGCUUGCGUGAUCCGUCGCAUAUUACCUACUAUUGGGUGAACAAUGCUGAGACUACCAUGCGUGUGUUGCUUUCUCAUCACCAGAGCAUAAUCAACGCAAACAACACAAACAACAGUGUCUCACAUUCCUCGUGUUUGUAAUAUUGAUUGUUCUGAUUGUGUUAGCGUUCUCGGUACUGUAUUUGUAAUCUGCUUCGUGAAAUAUAGUUUUAUUUGUUU